AUGUCAGAUAAAAGGAGCAGCAGUGGGUAUGACAUUGGAGAAUUGGCUACAUCUUCCCUGCUGGCUUUUCCAAACCAGCCCUACAAUGGCAGCAUGUCAGAUAAAAGGAGCAGCAGCGGGUAUGACAUUGGAGAAUUGGCUACAUCUUCCCUGCUGGGACUGCUGGCCACUAUUAAAGACCACAUCACUAAGCCCACUGCGAUGGCCCAGGGCCGAGUCGCCCACCUGAUUGAGUGGAAGAGUUGGGGAGGGGAAGCGACGUCUGGAGGAGGCUGGUGUGGCUGGACGAGAGAUGGUGGAGGAAGGGGAAGUGUGGGAGCCGCGCUGCAGGAGGACGAGCAGCUCUACUCUCACCUCACUGAUGAAAUCAAAGAAGCACGAUUUGCUGCGGGUGUGGCGGAGCAGUUUGCUCUGGCUGAGGCAGCGAUGAAUGCCUGGUCAUCCCAGGAUGUUGAAAAUAAAGCUAUAGGCAGUACAAUUCCAGUACAAGACCCCGAGGGCCUCUAUCUUUCUCAGUUCCUGUUGGAUGGAGGGAGUCUGGGUGUUCCUCGGCACCUGUACAGAAUGCACAUGGAAGCUGAUGACACCAGCUCUCUGGCACCUUCUCAUCCUCCUCAUUCUCAUUCCCCCAGUCAUUCUCAUUCUCCGCUGGACACACAACAUCCACCGCAGGAGCAGAGGAUCUCGCCGAUGGAAGGGUCCGUGCGACACGCAGACAGCAUCUCCAUGUCAGAGGAUGAGGUUUUUUAUAAUUGAAAUUUUGAUGAUGACAGUGGAAGGAAAAAAGAAAAGGUUUUUAAUUUGUUCUUUGUGUUCGCUG